AUGACCGGAUUCGUAGGAAAGACUGCACUCGUCACAGGCGCAAGGGGCAUCGCUGAAGCCAUUGCCAAACAUCUCUUCGCACUCGGUAUCAAUCUCAUCAUUAUCUCGCAAUCCGACUCGUGUGAAAAGCUCGCAGGUUCCUUGCGAAGCGCAGCGCCUGCUGCUGCUGCAGGUGCAGCUGCAAAGCCAAAUGCAGUAGAGAGUACGACGCAGCAGAUCAAGGACCUCUUGCACAUCAAGUCACGCACGACGUCAAACUAUGCAAACAGGGCUGUUGCGAUCCGUGCAGAUCUGUCGAGCGUCACCGCGGCAAAUGAAGUCACGGCCAAAGCGCUCGAGGCGGCUAAAACGUUUGAAGAUGCUGAUGGCAAGAUUGACUACUUGAUCCUUUGCGGUGGUAUCAUGCCAAUGGCGACACUUGAAAAGGUGGAUGAAAAGACGUGGAACCAGGUCUUCAACGUCAAUGUCGUUGGACCAGCGCUCGCUCCACAUCUCGGAAACGAUGGACGAAUCAUCUUCUUCUCUAGCUCGCUCACCAUCGCCAGCUUCUUGAAUGCAGGCUAUCUCACUUAUGUAGCAUCCAAGGGUGCCAUUGAGCAAACUGCACGCGCCCUCGCAAAGGAUGAAGCGCUUACCUCUCGCGGAAUCUCCACGACAAUUAUCAGCCCAGGACCUACCGAAACUGAACUCUUCACCACUGGCAAGUCAAGCGAUGUCAUGAAUACGAUGAAGCAGGCGAAUCCGUACAAGAAGCUCGGCGACCCCAAGGACAUUGCACUCGCAGUUGAAGGCAUCCUCGUGAGCGGAAAAUGGCUCAACGGGUCCAAUAUCAGAGCGAACGGAGGCUCUGCGGUCUAG